AUUUUCCGGGUCAUCGAAGAUCCCUUGAUGAUAAAUUUAGCAGAGCCAAUCAAACAGAGUUGGACGUCCAAUGAUUGGCUAACCACAGAUGUAGUUGACGCGUUACAUAAUGCAUGACUACUUCAUCUCGGCGGUAAUUUUAUUGGCUGCGUCAGUUGUUGGCUUAAACAGUGCUGCUCUUUAUAUCCCUGCAACUCACGUCCUUUACGAAACUUUGUAUAAAACUGCAGAGUUUAUGACUGGUGCAGACGAGGCUUCCACGACGAAGGAGCUCAUAUCUAGUCACGGCUAUCCGGUAGAGCACCAUCACAUUAUCACCGAGGAUGGCUAUGUUUUGGGUGUGUUUCGCAUACCCUAUUCUCACAAACUAAACAACCAGGGAAAGACCCGUCCGAUUGUGAUCAUUGAGCACGGCCUAAUGGGUGGCUCUGAUGUUUGGUUUUUUACUGGCCCAAAUCAUGCUUUGCCUUACCUCUUGGUCGACUCCGGUUUCGACGUGUGGGUCGGCAAUAGUCGAGGGAAUACGUACUCAAGAAGACAUGUUUCAUUGUCCGCAGAAAACCCGCACUUCUGGAAAUUUAGUUGGCACGAAAUUGGGUACUAUGACAUUGCGGCCACGAUCGACUACUCCUUAGAGAUCAACGGUCAGGGACACAAGGCCAUCCACUAUGUAGGUCACUCUCAGGGUACAACAGUGUUUUUUGCAUUGAUGUCUAUGCGUCCCGAAUACAAUGCGAAGAUCAAGACAGCGCACUUGAUGGCUCCCGUUGCAUGGAUGUCCAAUAUGGAAUAUACAUUGGUUCAUAAAUUAUCACCCUAUUUGAGCGAUCCUCAGCAUGCAUUCACGAGGUUCAUGGAGAACAUGGAGUUUUUACCGUACAACAAAUAUGUUUUGAGUAUCUUCGCCAAUCUAUGUGGACGUGACCAAGUUUUUCGGCCAGUCUGUGUGUAUCUCAUUAAAUCGUAUUAUAACAGUACUCGCUGGAAUAAUACUGCCAUGACAGAAGGUAUUGGUCAUCAGCCAGCGGGAUGUUCCAGCAAUCAAAUAAUACAUUAUAUUCAAGAAUAUCGUUCAGGGCGAUUUUGCCAGUACGAUUAUGGUAGCAAAAUGAAUAGAGAAUUGUAUGGAUCAGUGGAGCCACCAGACUACCCAGUCGAGCUAAUUACAUCAAAAGUCCACCUAUGGUAUGCACAGAAUGAUAUAAUGGCUGCUGUGAAGGAUGUUCAUAUUCUGGCUGGACGCCUGCCCAAUAGGGAGCUGCAUCUUGUGGAUGACCCAUUGUGGGAUCACGACGACUUUGCUUUGAACAUGGAUCUUCGAAAAGUUAUUAAUGAUCCACUUAUUGAGAUUAUGAAGAAAUUUGAAAGUUCUAAAAAUUAAAUUGUAAUUUUUCUUGUA